AUGUCUGCGAAAUUUUCUGUAUUGCAGGUCCAGAUCCAAAACUGGAAACUCGUCAUGUCAGAAUCAAACCGCUCUAAUGGGAUGGUCGAGGAGUUCAUCAUCGUUGGUUUUCCAGGACUUCAUGACCGAGCGAGCAAGAACAUCAUUUUUGGGUCUUUGCUCUCUGUGUAUGUUUGCAUCUUACUCAGUAACCUCCUGAUCAUUGGCAUCUUCCUGCUUGAUGAGGAGCUGCACACGCCAAUGUAUCUGUUAGUUGCCAAUCUCGCUUUUAGUGAUAUCGUUAUCACCACCACCAUGGUUCCUAAGUUACUGGCUGUUUUAGGCUCAGGUUCCAAUGUCAUUUCCAUCCCGGCGUGUUUCAUUCAGAUGUUUUUCAUUAGCGCCACAAUAGCGGUAGAAUCCUUUAUCCUUGCCCUUAUGUCAUACGAUAGAUAUGUUGCGAUCUGCAAACCGCUCCACUAUUUCUCGAUGACCAACAACCAUCUGGUGACCAAACAGAUCAUCUCUUGCUGGGUGAGUGCGUUUAUCCUCAUGCUAUUUCCCGUCAUCACAACCUCCAGACUGCAAUUCUGUGGCUCAGAAGUGAUGAGUUGCUUUUGUGAAAACGCCGCAUUGCACAGAGUAGCCUGCAGUGACACUUCCCUCAGCAGCUAUGUCGGUUUAGCUUCAGGCAUUUUCAUAACGAUAGGCCCAUUUGCUUUCAUUGUGUUUUCCUACGUACAGAUCAUAAUGUCCGUUGUCAGAGCCAGCAGCUCCACCGGAUACCGGAAGGCCUUCUACACGUGUAGCACACACCUGCUUAUCAUUGCCGUCUUUUACCUGUUCGCUAUAGGAACUUAUCCGGCGGGUAGAAUUGCGAAUGUGUCGGCAGACAUGCGUAUCAUGGUGCUGCUGCUCCAGAAUGUAAUCCCCCCCUUGAUUAAUCCGAUUAUCUACUGCCUGAGGACUAAGGAGAUCCAGAAAAGCUUCUUUAAAAUACUGAAGAGAAAUAAAAUACUAUCUAAAUGCUUUUAAGGUAACAGAUGUUUGCUGGAAAAAUGAUAUGCAUCUGCAUUAAGAGCUUCUAAAUGUUAUCUAUGACUCUGUGUACUGUAGAUAUGCUUACAUUCAAAACAUAAAAAUGAUAUUGUGUCUUGUUUAAACUGCCUAUAAUAAACCUACAAAGAGUUUUUAAAUAAAUGUUCUAACUAUAUUCUCUUUGUUCAGUUUUUCUUGAAACUAACACAUUUUUCUGCAUUAGCACACUUGCAUAAGAGAAAGAAGCAAGAGCAA